AUGGAGGGCGCAUCCAGUAGCGCUGGCGGCUCUGCGUCGGCGAUCGCCCCUGUGAAGAAGGUAAUGUGCUCUGACUCUACGAAUCUUGUAGUUUACUCCGUUGAAGAGCUGAAUCGCCGGUGAUGAUGUUGGCGACGGGUGAGAGCCAGGAGUCUUUCUGUUGUUUUUCUUUCUUUCCAGAGAUCUGUUGGAGGUAUCUUGAUUUGAAAGAUUUUCUAGGGUUUUCAUAAUUCCACGGGUAUGAAUUGGAUCUCUGUUGUCAGGCCGUCAGCGCGAUCGGGAAGGAGGAGGAGAUUCAUCAGUCGCCUUAUCUAGAAGAGUCGGUUGGGGGUGGGAUUUGCGCGAUUUGCUUGGAGAAGAUCGUCCUUCAGGAGACGGCUCUGGUCAAAGGUUGCGAGCACGCCUACUGGUUUGUCUUGGACAUCUCUCCAUUUCUCUUGUUGGUAUUUAAUUCCGAAACGUCCUUCAAGUGGCCUACUACUGUAUCGAGAUAUGUUUCCUUGCGAUCUCUUGUUCUUUGGAUGUGACCUUUGCAUACUCUUAAGAUUUCGUAAGACAAGCCUAUUUUUGCCCGAAGACCGACAGGAUGCAGCACUCGUGGUUUUUCUCGUACGUUCACCUCCUGCGGAUUCUAGUGUCCAUGUGUUUUGAACUCAUGGUCUAGUUUAUGAGGUGGACUCUCCUGACUACCCGUCAAAUGGAUAAUGGCAUAUUCUUGAACUAUUUUGAAUCCUUCUUGAAAGAUUCUUUUGAUAAAUUUUACUUGAGAAUAACAUGAAACUUUGUGUCAUGAACUGGAUGAAGCUUUUUGGACUCGGAUACUUUACAUGCAUCAUCAGCGCUGCAUUUGAUCCCCUAUUACGGAUUUUUAAUAUGGUCCCUAAUACUUAGAUACAUCCACAACAAGAUAAAUCUUGCAGAAGCACAUAGAAGUUGACUAAUACUUAUACUUGCCUCAGUUUUUGAGUUGUUUCUUGACGUUCACUUUUUCCAGUCAUUUGGAGUUCUGAUGCUUAUUUCAACAAUCCAGUUUGGUCACGACAUUUACAUGUUUCGUCAUCUUUUACGACGUGCCUCAGCUUGCGGUGAUGUUUGGUCUGAGAAUUGUGAAACUGGAUUUUCUCUCUGUAUAUGGGGAGAUACUUCUGGAAUUGUUGUGAAAGUGUACCUGAAUAUGGAUGACAAAUGCCUAAGCUUGAAGAGCAUCUGUCUUUAUUUCUCAGCUUGAAUAGGAGCUGUUAAUGUUGCAUAAUGACUUAGUGAAUGUAAUGUCAAUGAAUUGUUACAAUAGACAGAUGAGGUUAUGGCUGUGGUUCGUAGUCUUGUGACAAUGGACAUGGAUCAUUGAUAGUAUUUAUUUUCCUGAUUAGCAGGAUGGAUUUGUAUUGUUGCAUAUUUUCAGAUGCUAUAGUAAAGCAUCUGAUGUUUGCACGACGUUGAUACAAGUAAUCAAAUUUCUGUUGUCCUACAGUUUGGAAACAUGUAGUGUAUUCCAUGUUUUCAUAGUUUCAUUGACAAAACUAUUUUUUUGCCCACAGUUUGGAAGGCAAAACUAUUUUUUUGGCCUGUGAUGAAUAUCUUAUUUGCUACUUGUGUUUGAUUUGAUACAGUACAGAAGCGAUUAGAAAGUAGUUCCUAUCAUGAAAGAUCCGUCUUGUAUUUCUUUGGGCACUUAACUGGCAUCUAGGACCCACUAAGCUGCAAUCUAGUGCUUUAAAAGUUUAUAUUAUUCCACUCAGUUACCACCCUUUCCGGUAUUAUAUUGCAGAUUACGGUAUUUGCUACCCUUUCCAUGCCCUUAAUGACCUCAUGGUUUCUGGUAAGGAGCUUCCACUCCCAAUUUUUGGUGCUCUCGUGGGGAUGUGAUUGUAUAACCUCAAUUGUGUAUAUUUCGGAUCCAUGUCUAUCAUAUCCUCGAUGUAUCAGCUUUAAGACAGAGAUAGAAUGGCGGGGGGUGAGAGAGAUCUGUGAGCAAAUGAAAAGUAGUGCAUAUAAUGGGAGGUAAGUUUAAUUGGCUUCUAACCAUAAAUGUUGUGGGAACAAGAGGUGAUAAGUGGAAAGUGAAGUCAUUAUGAUCUAGUGGACCUAACGCAAAGAUACUUUACCGUCCUGACGCAGCCAUUGUCACCACACCACCUGUUACCGUCCUGACACUUCAUUUACUCGAAGUAUCAUUUACUCUAGGGCACUGGUACUGGUAGUAGCUUAGGUCUUCCUUCGGCACCUCGCAAUUUACUUAAAUAAAUUUUAUAAGUUAAAUACUCUGUUUCAGUGACCAGUCAUGGCUGUCGCCAAUAAGGUAAAUAGAUUAGUCUUUUUUACCCUAUGAACUCUCAUGCUUUAUUUACUCUCAAAAUAUCCACUUUGUUUUUUUGCAUGCUGUUUUACAGCCCCAUUUGCUAUCCCCCCAUUGCAUUCAUAAAUUGCGUUUCUUCACAGAAGUCCUACACACAAAUAAUCAACUGACUCCUGCUCUUUAUUUGAUAUUUUUAAAACUAUCCAUUACAUUAUCCAAGAUGCCCGAGCAUCUACAGUGCGACGAAACCGGAAGUAUAGAAACCAAUCUCUUUCUUCCCCUUUCAGCGUCACCUGCAUCCUGAGGUGGGCGUCAUACAGGGACAGGAACCCGACCUGUCCACAAUGCAAGCUGCCCUUCGCAUUCCUUAUCAUCCACCGAACUCUGGACGGCUGGUAUUCAUCCCCUCCCCACAACUCUCCAAAUCCGACGGUGGGUUGCAGAAAGUGGCCAAAACCUAAACCCAAACCCAACUACUUCUUUUCCUUGUAUGGUCCUGCAGCAUUCGAGACUUCAUGUUCGAAGAGAGCAUCUGCCUGCUCCUGAGGGCUCAGUGGUUCGUUCCCCUGCCGGUGCCAGCGGAGGGCCAGGAGGUAUCAGAGGAAGAGCUCAGCCUCUACCAGUCCGAUUACUAUGACGGAUUGGAGGAAGAAGAGGAGGAUCUCGAGGAGGAUUACUACGUCGCUGCCAGGUCCUCCACUCUGCUCAUCGGCAACAGGCGCUGGGGCGACAAUGGCUAUGUCAGGGCCGGUCGCAAGGAGGCCCGGCCGGUGAAUUGGCGGUGCUCUGGCAGUGCCGAUACCCCGCCUGCGGCAGCAAGCAGCGGCUCCUCAUCCUCAUCGUCGUCCCAUAAGGGCAAGGAGGUGGUAAAGGGGGCAGCGGCGGCAGGGAGGAGAGCAAAAAGGGCCUUGAAGAGGGAAGCGGCUGACAAGGCAGCUGCCGCCAAGCACCAGCAGCGCUUGGAGAAGCUGGGGCGAGCGUAG